GAUGCUUGUGCUGAUACUGUGUUUUGUUGAGAGAAGGAGAUUUUCUGCUGAAAUUGUUUCAAAGCUGGGUAGUAGCUUUUCCUUGGCACCCUUUAUCAUUGUGGUGGCUGUGUGCACUUUAUUAGCCAUGGUUGCUACUCUUCCAGUUGCACAACUUUUCUUCUUCCAUAUUCUUUUAAUAAAAAAGGGAAUCAGCACCUAUGAUUACAUUAUUGCUUUGAGGGAGCAAGAUCAGGAGCAGGAGCAACUUGCUGUUGGUGGGCAGCAAAGUCCGCAAAUGUCCCAAGUGAGCUCUUUUACUGGACUAAGCAGCACCAGCACAAUCAGUUCACUAGUAUUAUACGAGGGUAGAUCCUACCGCUUUUUGCGAUUUAAGGGAUGA